AUGGAGAGCGCAGGGAACGGCUCGGACGUCGACUACCGGAGCUCGUUUCCCACCGCAGGCUCGCUUUUCAACAACACGUACUGUCGGAACUUCACCGACGUCGGGCACAACGCGAGCCUCAUGGAUGCGCGCUGCGACCGGGGCUCUGUUCCGCCUGGCACCGUGAACACCGACGCGACUCCGGUGAUCAUAGCGAUUGUCAUCACCGCCGUUUACUCCAUAGUGUGCGUGGUGGGGCUGGUUGGCAACGUACUGGUCAUGUAUGUCAUUAUCAGAUACACUAAAAUGAAGACAGCUACCAACAUCUACAUCUUCAACCUGGCACUGGCCGACGCCUUGGUUACCAGCACGCUGCCGUUCCAGAGCGUCAACUACCUGAUGGGGACUUGGCCGUUCGGGGAUGUGUUAUGCAAGCUGGUGAUGUCCAUUGACUACUACAACAUGUUCACCUCCAUCUUCACCCUCACCACCAUGAGCAUCGACCGCUACAUCGCUGUGUGCCACCCGGUCAAAGCUCUGGACUUCAGAACGCCACGCAACGCUAAGAUCGUCAACGUCUGCAACUGGAUCCUCUCCUCGGCCUUCGGCUUGCCUGUCAUGUUCAUGGCCUCCACCGUCGCCGAUGAUCACACCCCCCCUGGUGUUGACUGCACGCUGACUUUCCCCCACCCAACCUGGUACUGGGAGACCCUGCUGAAGAUCUGCGUUUUCAUCUUUGCUUUUAUCAUACCUGUCCUUAUCAUCACCGUCUGCUAUGGCCUCAUGAUCCUGCGGCUCAAGAGUGUGCGUAUGCUCUCUGGCUCCAAGGAGAAAGACAGGAACUUGCGUCGGAUCACCCGCAUGGUCCUGGUGGUGGUGGCCAUCUUCAUUGUCUGCUGGACACCCAUCCACAUCUUUGUCAUCAUCACGGCCUUGGUCACCAUCCCCAGCUCACUGCUGCACACUGUCACCUGGCACUUCUGCAUCGCUCUGGGCUACACCAACAGUAGUCUGAACCCAGUUCUGUAUGCCUUCUUGGAUGAGAACUUCAAGCGUUGUUUCCGUGAAUUCUGCACGCCGAGCCCCUCUGUGCUGGAGCUGCAAAAUUCAUCGCGCGCCGGAGUCGCUGGCCGCAACCUCCCGCAGCGUGAACACAACAGUGCUCACUCAGGAGAUAGGACCAAUCAACAGGUAGAGGAUGUGUAUGACUAG